AUGUUGGCCGAAGAUCGGGAGCUCCAGUCGCUAGAGGCCACCGAUCAGGUGUCGGUCAGUGUUAUGAAGACAGAACAAGAGCACUGCUAUGUUUGUGACCAACUUAUCACUGACCGGUUUCUGCUUAAGGUCAAUGGUCAGUCAUGGCAUGCCCACUGCCUCAAGUGUUGUGUAUGUCAAGCCUUGCUGGAUCGUCACCCUUCGUGCUUUUUCAGGGACGACAAUGUCUACUGUAGAACUGACUAUACUAGGGUAUUUGGAGCCAAGUGUUCCAAGUGUAGCAGAACAAUACAGUCAACAGAUUGGGUACGGCGGGCCCGUGACCAGGUUUACCAUUUGGCUUGCUUCGCCUGCGACUCUUGCAAGAGACAGUUAUCUACGGGAGAGGAGUUUGCCUUGUAUGACAACAGGGUUCUCUGUAAAACACAUUACUUAGAAUUCCUUGAAGGAAACAACGGCUCAAAUGACGAGAGCGGCGGUGACCAGGAAUGCCAACAGAAGACGAAGACCAAAAGGGUCAGAACAACUUUUACUGAAGAACAGCUGCAGGUCUUGCAAGCCAAUUUCAAUUUAGAUUCAAAUCCUGACGGGCAGGACCUCGAACGGAUCGCUCAAAUCACUGGACUCAGCAAGAGAGUCACUCAGGUUUGGUUCCAGAAUUCAAGAGCUAGGCAAAAAAAAUAUCUCUCGAAUCAAGCUAAGAAGACUGGUUGUAAGUAA